GAGUCAGAUCACAUCUUAAAGUCCGGAAAAUCCUCUACAAAACGAAAUAAAAAUAAUUGAAAUUCACUCAGCCAAUAUUAAGCUAUUUGCGGUUAAAAAUACUCAAAUAGAGACCAGAAAUGCUCGGUCAAUUUUACCACGGAAGCUAAAUCAGUCGAAACUAACCGUUAGUUUACGUCCCCCAACCGAUAAUGCCAGCGGAAAAACUUAGCUACGUUCUCAAAACUCCGUGAAUACCUGAAUUUUUAUCAUUUUACUCAUAGAAUAUCACGUGAUUCCGUCUCAGAACUCGAAAUUGAAGGGCAGAAACCGCAAUUGGUGAUUAAAAAACCUGCAGUUUAUCGGAAAAUAAACAAAGAUGUCUUCGGGAAAGGUUAUACAGGAACUCCCUGAGAUACAAGUAUUCAGAACAGUGCUCUAUCAUUGCGUUGUCAUCAUCGUCCUACCAGUCCUGUCAUUUUUUCUGAGUAAAGUGUUCAUCUUCGAUGGCCUAUUGGGCUUGAACAAUGUUCCAAGCAAUGUUUACGCUGCAAUUGUUGCAGUACUGGUGCUCCAUGGGGCUCUUGGAGCAUUUAUUUACAGGGCGUACUUUCAACCUGAUAAAACACAAUCCAAAAAAGAUUAGAUCGUUGUUGUGGAUUUUUAUUCAUCAUUAAAUUAUAAGAGUAAACUUUUUCAGGCCUUAAAAUUCAAGAAUUGCAUAACGAAUUAAAUGUUCAGUUAUUCUUAAAAAACACUAUUUUUUAGUUGAAAUUAAUUUCCAAGCCGCCGAUUUACUCAAUUAACAAAAAAAUUAAUACAAAAAACUGGUUAAUUUCUCUCUAGCUAAAAUGUUCAUCUACAUUUUACUUUAGAAACACUCAUUCUCAUCGUAAAGUUCAAAAGGAAACUUGAACAAAGAUUUUCCCAGUCAUUCCAUAAACCACUUAAUUAUCUCCAUAAUGAGUGACGUUGGGAUGAAAUCCUACGAAAUUUUUCUCCACUAAAUUAUCUCCGAUAAACAAAAUUAUUCGUGACAUUCUGCGCUACAACCACUCAUUAGAGAAACAAUUACGUGAUUAAUAAAAAUAGAGAUAUAUUUUGUAAGCUGACGUCACUAUUGUACUUGCAUUUAAUUAUUAUGUUAUGAAAUGAAUAUUUUCUGAAAAUUGAAAUUUAAGGAAUUUUUUCAUAAAGAAACUUCUGCAUUCGAAAAGAAUUCCUAACCUCAUUAAUUAUUUAAAUAAUCGAUGCCAUAGGUGUGUAAUUCAUCUAAUUUACGGCACUGUUAUUUUCAUAAUUAUUCAGCGCUGAAGCUGUUAAUUGCUGAAUUGUUAAUAAUUAUUCAGCGCUGAAGUGCUAAUUAUGGAAAUUUCAUCACUCAUGAUACCUCUUCAGCACACAUCUUCCACUCCGAGAAUUGAGGAAAGCACAUAUGACGACAAAGCAAUGGCGUCUGUUACCGUUAUUGUUCAGCAAUUUAUUUAUUUAACCAUAAAUAAUUAUAAUCGUACUACGUUGAUUCGUUUGCCCUAAAUUUCGGAUACACAAGGAACAAUUUUCAUCGAAUGUAAAUAUUUGUGAACAUAAUUAGGAAAGGGCUGUACGAAUAAUGUAAUCAAUAGUGACAAGUUUAUCUCUUAAUAUCAAUGUCCUGUGUAGCGAAGAAAUAUUUUCUAUGGAUGUGAAUAAAGAAGUUAUUCAAUGAUA